GGAAACGAAUACUGUCCUGAAAAACAUGCUCAGGAAGUUGAGGGAUAUAGAGGUAGAGCACCAUGGCUGCAGCCAGAUGCUGAAGCUCCAGGCCAAUCGUCUGGAUUUCAAGGAAAAACGUCAGGAGAGGCUCAUCAAGGAACUGGAGGCAGCUACAGUGAAAACAAAGAAACUGGAGGAAAAUGCUGAAGCAGCGAGACUAGCACAUAUAGAAUGUAAAUACACGACAGAAAUCAUGCAGUUAAGAAUUCAAGAACUUGAAGAUGCUCUGAAUGAAGAGCAAGGCGGCAGGAGAGAAGCUUUUAUAGUGGUAGCACAGAAAGAUUUCAGAGAGUCAGAAAAUGCACAGGAAAGAGGAAAAAAAGAUUUACAAAGACAACCUUCAUCCUUAAAUGUGCAAUGCAGAGAGGGGGCUAAGGAUAGGAACGAAACUGAAGAGCCCUCUGGGAGAUUAGUGAAUGCUGCAACCAGCUUCAGCCUGCAUGAAGGCCCAGAGGAUUUCAAACCACAGGACUGUCCUGAGCAGAGCAAGCUGCCCAUCCUCCUAAACUUAUACCAGAGAAUGGCAGAUAGCCAUGUGCUUGCCAAACGGCCAAACGUUCCCCUGGAAAGAUUACCUUGGACAGAGUUUUGUGUACUCUUGUAUGAGAAUGUUGAAGCCCUGAUCUUGAAUUUCCACAAGGCAAAUGAGAGGAUAUCUCACCUAGAAUAUAUUUGCAAGCACAAGACUGACACUAUGAAUGACCUUCAGCAGAACCAGGAGGAUGCUUUGGAGAAAAUGUCUGAGCAGUUAAAAGCACAGGCACAUUGCUUGCAGAAAGAAAAACAAUAUCUUGAGCAGCAGUACUCAAAUCUCCUUGCAGAAGUUCAUGCAAGAGCACAGGAAUGUGAAGAAACAUCACAGAAAAACAGGCAAAAACUGUAUGGCCUUGAACAAAUGUGCGAGAAACUGGCCCAAGAAAACAGUUCUGUGAGAAAUACAUUAUCGAAUGUUUACAAGGACCACUCAUCUCUGCUGGCAGCCUGUGCACUGCUGUCAGGGGCCCUGUGUCCUCUCUAUGGCAGACAGUGUGCUAUGUCUUUCCAAAGAGACCUUCUCCAGGACCAGGUGAACCUCCGUGAAUUAGUGAACCAGGAGAUCAGGACCCUCCUUAAUGCUCUCCCUACUAACGUGGAAAACAAUCAAGAUGAAGCAAGGCUGAGGCAGAGAAGAGCCAAACACCUGCUUUAUGUGUUCCGAAGAGCUGUGAUAGCAGUUCUGGCCUCCAACAGGCUUAGAGCUCUGGCCCAAAAUUCUUGCUCCUUUUUUGUCUGGACAGAUGGCUCAAGAGGAAGCCUUGGAAUUCAAGUUUGUGUGGGAGAAUCCAGAGGCAGGCAUCAUGGGGCACGUUUUGAAGAGGAAGGAGUUGACUGUAUUGAAGCACUUGAUUGGUUGACUAGCUCUAACCUCUAUGCUGCAAUAGUCAGUUCCCUCUCUGAACUGCAUGACAUUCUCAGCACACCAGAUCCAAACUCCUGGCUUUCUGGACACUCACUUAUCAGUGCAGCCAGGAACUCCUUUUCAAAACUGAUGGACAAUCUGAGCGUAUUGAUGGAGACAGUUCAAGGGAAACCUUGUGGUUGCAGAGCUUACCUGGAGAGGGACUCCCUGAUACAGAGGCUGGCUUGUGGACUUCACAGAGUGAAUGCCCAGGCCCUGGAAGCUGGAUUUUAUGACAGACUGCCCAGCACAAGAAACAUAGCAAUCUUGCAGCAAGAAGUAUUUAAAUUAUCACGAAGGCUUCAUACAGCAGAGGUAGAGUCCCACUCACUGCACCUACAGCUUGCAGAAUUCAAAUGGACUUUCAAUGAGAUGCAGAAGGAUGCUGAAAAAGCCCACAGACUUCAAGAGCAGUUAAAUGCACUUCAAAAUAAAAUAAUCACCCAAGACAAUAUACAUGACGAACUGGAUAAAGCUUUGCAGCGUGAGCAUGAGGCAAGAUUGCUUUUACAAGAACACCAGCAACGGCUUCAGGAGUUAAGUGAUAGACUAGAAUUGCACACAUGUGCAGACCCAGAUAGAAACCAAGUCUCAAAGGCGUCUCUGAUGAGCCUCCAUGAUGCCACAGAGGAGCUGAGGAGAAGAGACCAAGUCCUGAAUCACCAGAAGAGUCUCCUGAAAGACAUAGAGCAGGACCGGCAGUGGCUGCAUGAGACUCUCCAGGAGGCAGAACGUGCCCUCCAACAGGCAGCAAAAGACAAAGAGUUGAUGAUUAAUCAUAUGAAAGCUGUUGAUGCCACCCUGAAUGCGAUCAAAGAUCAGGCCACGGCAUCAGGUGCUGCAGCAGCCACUACCCAACCGCUACUCCCCAGCCUGAAGCUUGAGACCCUUUCAGAGGAAGCAAGGAGGGGCAGGCCAGAGGCUACAGCAUUCCAGAAUGUGCUUAAAAGUUUUAUGGAGCUCUACUCACUGGCAUCUGCCAGACAUGAAGCAUUAACAACAGGAAGAGAAUCUUCAGGGGUUCACAUUAAACCUGAAGCAGCUGUUACACCUCCUGCUCCUCCUUCUAAAGGUAAGUCUGCUUUUCUAGCAAUUAGAGUCACUUGGAUGUGAGUUCUGAGACAGCAUCUCCCUUCAUGCUGCACAGC